UAGCCAUGAAAAUAACAUAACGUUUUAAAAAUAUAAUACUUGUAGCUGAUAUAUUUCUCAUAACCCUCUCUAGAGAGCUAGCUUUGCAAAAUCCCCUGGACGUUGCAGAACCAUCAGUUCAUCCUGGAUAUCCAUUUCUGCCAUCUUUAUGCUAAGAUGGAAACAAUCAUGUCUCUCUUUAGGCUUCUGCCCUUCAAGUUUGUGUUUGUAUCAUUGUUAUUCUCUUUGUUGCAUGCAGUCUUGUGUAAAGUCUGCAGAGCUCCAAAAUUGUCAGGACAUGGCCCCCCAUCCUAUCCAGCGAUCGGCUGCUUGAUUUCCUUCUACAAAAACCGCACUCGUCUGUUAGAUUGGUACACAGAGCUCCUUGCAGAAUCAGCCACCAACACGAUUGUGGUGAACCGGCUUGGUGCUCGAAGAACUAUUGUGACAGCAAACUCGGAGAACGUUGAAUACAUGCUCAAAACCAACUUCAACAACUUCCCUAAAGGCAAGCCUUUCACUGAAAUUCUAGGGGACUUUCUUGGCUAUGGAAUAUUCAAUGUGGAUGGGGAGCUUUGGCGCAUGCAACGGAAGUUAGCAAGCCAUGCUUUCAGCACCAAUUCUUUGAGAGAAUCUCUGAUGAGUACAUUGGAGGAAGAGGUGGAAAAUCAGUUGUUACCUUUGCUAGAGUCAUUAGCUGAGACAUCAAGAGUCGUCGACCUGCAGGACUUGCUGAGAAGGCUUGCGUUCAAUAUGAUCUGCAAGGUCUCGUUAGGGGUGGAUCGCUGUUGUUUCGACCCUUCUCUGCCUGUUUCGCCUCUCAGCAAAGCUUUUGACGUGGCGUCAGAGAUAUGCGCCAAGCGUGGAGCUGCUCCCUUGUUCUUGGUCUGGAAGGUCAAGAAAUGGCUCGGAGUUGGAUCAGAGAAAAGGCUCAAAGAUGCUGUGGAGGAAGUUCAUGCCUACGUUGAGGAGAUAAUUCGGGACAAGAAGAAAAAGAUCGAUGAAAGGGGACAGAAUUGUGGUGAAGAUCUCUUAUCGAGGUUGAUAUUGGCUGGCCAUGAUGGGGAACUGAUAAGAGAUAUGGCAAUAAGCUUCAUCAUGGCAGGAAGGGAUACAACUUCAGCAGCAAUGACAUGGCUCUUCUGGUUGCUAUCCUGCCAUCCAGUUAUAGAGCAAGAAUUGCUGAAAGAGAUAGAGAAUAAGGAGGAAAGAUUGUUAGAUUAUGAAUCAUUGAAGGAACUGAAAUUGUUGAAAGCAUCUCUUUGUGAAUCCAUGAGGCUCUAUCCACCAGUAGCCUGGGACUCCAAGCAUGCCAUGGCGGAUGACAAGUUGCCUGAUGGUACCCUAGUCCAGGCAGGGGAUAGAGUGACCUACUUUCCCUACGGAAUGGGGAGGAUGGAAGCAUUGUGGGGAAAGGACUGGUCUGAGUUCAGACCAAGCCGGUGGUUUCUUGAACCAAGCUACCAUGGAGGGUCACUAAAGAAGGUAAGUCCAUUCAAGUUUCCAGUUUUCCAGGCCGGUCCAAGAGUUUGUCUUGGAAAGGAGAUGGCCUUCAUUCAGAUGAAAUACGUGGUGGCUUCCAUACUUAGGCGGUUCGAAAUCAAACCAGUUGGUUCAGAUAAGCCGGUCUUUGUGCCACUCUUGACGGCUCACAUGGCCGGUGGACUAAAGGUUGUGAUUCAGAAGAGAGAUCAUUCAAGAUAAGGCCAAAAGAAAAAUACAUUAAUUUAGGGAGAGUCAAUGGUUCUGAAUUAAAAUUGUGAGGCAAUGUAAGAUGCCAAUAUGCCAUUAUGUUCCCAUCUGUAUUAUAGUUAGGACGAAAUGAAUAGCUGAAACAAUGACAUACUUAAUACAAAUCUUU